CGGCUCCCGCGACCCCGCCGCGCCCUCAUGAGCCGCGGCCGCCGCUCCCGCGGACCACGGCGACAGCGGGGCGACCCUGCAUGGCCCCGGCUGCAGACAUGACCACCUCGCCAACCGGCGUCCGCAGCGACGAGCCGCCCGCCUCCGCCUUCAGUAAGCCCGGCGGCGGCCUCCCCGUCGCGGCGGCGAUGGGCGGCGAGGACGAGAGCGACAAAACCAAGGUGUCCCCUUCCCCGUUGCCCUUCAGCGUGGAAGCGCUUAUGGCCGACCGCAGGAAGCCGCCGGGCGGCAGGGACGGCCCCGAGGGUUCCGGGCCCCCUCUGGGCUCUGCCCGAGCCAACCUCGGCGCUCUGACGACGGAAGCACCGACGUCGCCGCUGCCUCUCGGCGGCCACUUCCCGUCCGUCGGGGCGCUGGGCAAACUGCCCGAGGACGCGCUGCUUAAGGCUGAAAGCCCCGAGAAGCCGGAGCGGAGCCCCUGGAUGCAGAACCCCCGCUUCUCGCCGCCCCCGUCCAGGCGGCUGAGUCCCCCCGCCUGCACCCUGCGCAAGCACAAGACCAACAGGAAGCCCCGCACGCCCUUCACCACGGCCCAGCUGCUGGCCCUGGAGAGGAAAUUCCGCCAGAAGCAGUACCUGUCCAUCGCCGAGCGAGCCGAAUUCUCCAGCUCGCUCAGCCUCACCGAAACACAGGUGAAAAUCUGGUUCCAGAAUCGCCGCGCCAAGGCCAAGAGGCUGCAGGAGGCUGAGCUGGAGAAGUUGAAGAUGGCAGCCAAGCCCAUGCUCCCGCCUGCUGCAUUUGGCAUCUCCUUCCCACUGGGCGGCCCAGCGGUGGCCGGAGCAUCCCUGUAUGGAGCCUCCAGCCCCUUCCAGCGAGCAGGGCUGCCUGUGGCCCCUGUGGGACUGUACACGGCGCAUGUGGGAUAUAGUAUGUACCACCUUACAUAGGGCCGAGCUGCCCAUGCAGCCCCCGGCAGAGACUUCUCCGCUCCCCCCUGUCCAGACCUGCGGCCCCGGGAGCUGUUCUAUGCCUGGCAGGAAGGAACCCAUGAUGCGGCCCCACUGGCACCUGGGGAAGGAACUGUGGCAGAGAAAGGGUACAAAGGCAGCUCAGAAGGACAUUUCUGCAAGGCAAGGGUGGGAGGCAGAGCUGCCUCUCCUGUCCCUGCAGGACAGCUGUUAACCUGUGGCCAUUCCUCCGCCAGCUCCUGAGGAAGGGGCUCUCUCUGUGUACUAUGUAAUAUACUGUAUAUUUGAAAUUUUAUUAUCAUUUAUAUUAUAGCUAUAUUUGUUAAAUAAAUUAAUUUUAAGCUAC